CUUCUGAUUGGCUGUGGCGGACUGUGGGCUGGAGUUGGAGUAGCCCGGCGGACGGGGCGCGCGGACCAGGUCCAGAAGCCGGUCCGGUGGUAAAGGGUUUUGUCGCUUUCGAAUCACUUGAGGGAGCCUCUUCAAAUACAGAUUUCUUGGGUCCUGCCCCAGACCAUCUGAAUCAGAAUCUCCAGGCUGGGGCGUUGGCAACCAUUUGAAACAAGCUGACAGGAAGUUUCUUCAAGCAACCACUAUGUCAACCAACACAGAUGUUUCUCUUUCUUCGUAUGAUGAAGAUCAGGGAUCUAAACUUAUCCGAAAAGCUAAAGAGGCACCAUUUGUACCUGUUGGUAUGGCAGGUUUUGCAGCAAUUGUUGCGUAUGGAUUAUACAAAUUAAAGAACAGGGGAAAUACUAAAAUGUCCAUUCACCUGAUUCACAUGCGAGUGGCAGCCCAAGGCUUUGUUGUAGGAGCAAUGACUUUGGGUAUGGGCUAUUCCAUGUAUAAGGAAUUCUGGGCAAAACCUAAACCUUAGAAGAAGAGAUGCUGUCUUGGUCUUGUUGGAAGUGCUUGUUUUUGUUAUGUCGAGGUUAUAUGUUUAUGUCAAAAAAUAAAUAACUUGAGUGGGUUCAGGUUGUAACACAGUA